CCCAUUCACACACUGAUGGUAGAGGCUGCUAGUGAGACCAUCAGAAGUAACUAAUCCCAUUCAUACACUUUCAUAUGCCACUGACGAAGCAGCAGGAGCAAUUUGGGGUUGAGUGUCUUGCCCAACGACACAUCAGACAUGUUGCUGCAGGAGCCGGGGAUCGAACCGCCGACCUUCCCCAACACUACCAACUGAGCCACAGCCGCCCCCAUAUCUGUUGUAUUUGGUUUGGCACUUUACUUUUUUUCUGAUAACUGCUCAGUAACAUCACCUGGAGGACAUGGAUCUUCAUUUUCAUCUAUGGUUUUAAUAGAUUGCCCCCUCCUUCAGAGUGUGAGGUGGACGGGCUCCCCAGUGGAUACGGAUCCCGGGAUUCGAUACUUAAGCCCGGGGAGAAGAGGGAGUGGAACAGACAAAGGCGUGGGCAGCUACAGGCGAUUAGCAGCUGCAGCAGCUGGGAUCCCAGUCACACCAGCACAGAGGCUGGCAGAGGGAAGCAGCAGCCUGUGUUUGGACUGGGCGGAGGUUCAUCCAUGCGUUGCUCUACCCUGUUCGGCAUCCUCACCGGGGUGCUCCUGUACCUGGUGCUGGGAGCGGUGGUGUUUCGUGCCCUGGAGACUCCACGAGAGAUGGGCAAGCACAUGCAUCUGCAGGACGCACGCCUGGAGUUCUUGAUGAACUUCACCUGCGUGGGCCCUGAGAAUCUUCAGUUACUUAUAGAGGAAGUGGUGGAUGCUAUGGGUGCGGGAGUGGAUCCCAACAGCAACACCACCUUUGUCAGCCAGUGGGAUCUGGCCAGUGCCUUUUUCUUCUCAGGGACGAUCAUCACAACAAUCGGUUUUGGAAACAUCUCACCAAAGACAGAAGGCGGGCAGCUGUUCUGUAUAUUCUACGCCCUGAUGGGAAUCCCCAUGUUCGGUUUCCUGCUUGCUGGAGUUGGAGACCAUCUGGGUACUGGACUGAGGAAAGCUGUCCUCAAAAUAGAGACUCUCUUCCGGAAAUGGAAAGUCAGUCCGACCAUAGUGCGAGUGAUCUCCGCUGUCCUUUCCAUCCUGCUGGGCUGUCUGCUCUUUGUUGCAGUGCCUAUCCUGGUUUUCCAGAGGGUGGAGCAGUGGACUCUUUUGGAGUCGGCCUACUUUGUGGUUAUUACCCUGACAACAGUUGGGUUUGGAGACUAUGUUGCAGGGGAUUCUGGGAACGAAGGCAGUGACCACUGGUACAAGCCUCUCGUUUGGUUCUGGAUCUUGCUUGGUCUCGCCUACUUUGCAUCAGUCCUUACAAUGAUUGGUAACUGGCUUAGGGUUUUAUCCAAGAAGACAAGAGCUGAGAUGGAGGAACUUCGAGCCCAUGCCACAGACUGGGGUCAAAACAUCCAGAACAUGUCGGUGGAUUUCCGCAUUCCAGGAAAAAUCGAUGACCCCUUCAAACGCCGUCGGAGGAAGCGUCGUCACGGCCCACGCAGCCAUGGUAACAGUGUGGCAGCCAACGGGGCUCCUGAGGGGAACGAAGAGCAGCAUGGGAGUCAAUCAGAGUCUGGAUCGUCCUCUUCAUCCUCCUCUAAUGAAUCAGAGUCUGCAUCAGAAGCAGACUCUCAGGCCACGCAGACAGAGCGAGUACCUGAAGAGAAACCUGCAGAGCCUGAAAAGGAGGAGACUCUUCCAGAACCCCAUCUGUCUCAGCCUCUGGACUACUUUGGGGAGAACCUUGCAUUUAUUGAUGAGUCUUCAGAUACUCAAAGUGUUAAAGUACAUUUAGAUCCUCUUCUGGAUUCCACUCAGUCCAACUCUGGACACUCUCGUCAGGCCAAAAGGAGACGCCACAGAAGACCAGUACCACAGAGAAGCCCCAGAGGCAACCGCUUGAACCCAGACAAGAAGGAACCCAAUGGAAACAAAAAAACAGUCCUAGAUCUACCACUGAAGCCUCAAGGAGAUCACAUAAACUCCACUGCACAAGCAUAGACUAGAGUUACAAGACCCGUUCCUACUCAGAUCAAAAAGAAGCAAGUGAUUUGUGAAUAAGUUCAGCUUUAGAACAAACAUAAAAAAAAAGCUUUAGCCACAUGUGGUUUGCAUUUGAAUGCUCUUACAUGAUCUUAGCAUGCGAGUGUGUUUGCCUUAAUCAAAGAUGUUGAACUGAUUUUACGCCUGUGUUCCCAUUACUUUGUGAGGAGUUACUGCUCUCUACUGGACCAGAUCAGAAAUGCACUACAUCUCUCUGAUUAUGAUGGAUCCUGCCUUUUACUAAUCACUAAACCAAACUAAAAGCCAUGUCAUGUUGGAGAGAGGUUGAUCUGGUCUGAGUCAGUCUCUUCUAAAUCCUGCCAACAAUAAACGGGUACUAAACAGGCUCAUUUUUGGUAUGAAAAAAAAAAAGUUUUUUAAACACUGUGUGCUAACCAUUAUUGCAUUUGAAUGCCAAAUAAAGUAACUCUACUGCACUGCAUAUAUAAUAAAGGUUUUGUAACUUAAUGCAGCACUGUGUCUUUAAAUGACUUAAUUCCAGAGGAUGCUGGUUAGCCAAUCUCUUUCUCGUGGAAAGAUGAGAAGUAAACAGCAAACUUUCAUCAUACCAUGUUUGAUAAUGUGCAUGUUGCUGGCCCUGGUACACUGAGAAUGACACAUCCUCAUCUUUUACAUGCAAAAGUAGGUCAAUAUUUUGAACAAAGCUGGAGUCAUUUAGCAGAUUAUCAACUUUCCCUGUAACACUCAAAA